AAAGACUAACAUAGGACUUGGUCCUCUGCAAGUUUAUUGAACGAAAUUGGUAAAAAUAAAAUAAAAUAAAACCUCAAAUUCUUCAGGUCCAGGGAUCCUCUUGCUGCUGUAACCCUAACUUGGCGUUUCUUGAAGUUUAAUCGAUCUAGGCGCUGCCGGUUUUCGUUUCUUGUUGAAGAAUUUCUUAUAGGGUUGGCUUUAAGAGAAUUUUGAACCUAAUAUCCAUGGAAGGAGGAGGAGGAGGAGGAGGGGAAGGGGGUGAUGCUGCCUCUGUUAUGGCCCCUAUUGCUAAGUGGAAAAGCGAUUUCUCAAGGAUGUUUCAGUACUAUCUGGAUCGAUCAACUCCACAUCCGAUGCAGAGAUGGCUUGGAACUCUUGCCGCUGCUGCAAUUUAUGUGUUGCGCAUUUACUAUAUUCAAGGGUUUUACAUUGUGAUGUAUGGAUUAGGAAUCUAUAUACUGAAUCUUUUGAUUGGAUUUCUGUCACCGAAGAUUGAUCCAGAGUUUGAAGCCUUGGAUGGAGCUUCAUUGCCUACUAAAGGGUCAGAUGAGUUUAGGCCUUUUGUUCGCCGACUUCCGGAGUUCAAGUUCUGGUAUGCCAUCACAAAGGCUUUCUGCAUAGCUUUCCUUAUGACCUUCUUUUCUAUAUUUGAUGUCCCUGUUUUUUGGCCCAUAUUGCUCUGUUACUGGAUUGUUCUAUUUGUCCUCACCAUGAAGCGCCAAAUCAUGCACAUGAUCAAAUAUAAAUAUGUUCCAUUCAGCUUUGGGAAGCAGAGAUAUACCGGGAAAAAGCCUGCUGCUAGUAGCAGUAGUCUUCCAAGAGACUGAGCCUUGUGUGUAUUUCUUGACAGUUGGAGGAAAAUGGGAAUUAUGCAGCCACCAUAUUCUUGCACCUCCACUUUUUUUCUUACUGAUUUUUCUUUUAAUCUUAGAUGGAACAAAUUUCAUGUUAAAUACAAAUGAAAAGUUCAUAUAUGUGCUGAAGAUUACAUCUACUUUGUAUUUAGAAUGAGUUAGGGUUAUCGUCUUUUUCGUGGGGUCUGGCUUGCUUGCACCUUUUUUUCCCUUGAAAAUAUAUUUGUUCAGUAUUACUGUUGAUUAAUGAAAGAAAUCAGGAUUAGGAUUAGCUAUCAA